CGCGGCCGUGAAGGCCCGCCCCCACCGGUGCCUGCCGACGUCCGCCUCAUCGGCGACGCCUCCGCCCGCUUCUCCCGGGCCGAUCCCGCCGGCCGCCAGCCCCAGAAGCCCGUCGGCGUCGUCUAUCUCAAGAUCUCAUCAUUUCGUGAGAGCAAGUCUGAUGAUAGACGAUUCUACAUAUUUUCUCCAACAAAGACACUUCAUUUGAGAACUGAUUCAAGGAAAGAUCGCGUGGCAUGGAUUGAGGCUCUGGUCUCAGCAAGAAGUGUAUAUUCCCUGAGAUCAUUGAGUGAAAAGAUUUCAUUUACCCCCAAUGACAUAUCCUUUUCAACUGCAAGGCUUAGAGAUCGUUUGCAUGUGGAGGGCCUUGGCGAGGAACUUAUAAAGGACUGUGAGCAGAUCAUGCUGUCAGAAUUUUCAGAGUAUCAAAGACAAUUAAGGCUUCGAUAUGAAGAACAUUUAAACUUGUUUGGAACAUUUCAGCCACAGUUUGAGGAAGUAAAUGUGGAAGAUGAAACAACAAUCCAUGGGGCCCAAUUAAAGUUAAUGGAAACUGAAUUUUCUAGCUCUGGACAUGGAAAAUAUAGUGAGUACAGUACAACAGAAUCAUCUGAGGAUGUGGAAAAGCAAGAAGAAUUUGAUGAGUUGUCAGAUGAAGAUGAACGUUCCUUUUUUGAUACAGAGGAGUGUUUUAGUGACUCAUUUGAUACGUGUGCUUCCAUGACAAGGGAUACAAACCAUGCAGGUCAGAAUUGCAGAAGUGAGAAUAGCACAUGUGAUGUGGAGAUGAUGCACGCUGAAAUAGAACAUAAUGUUCAUCAUGCAUUUCCUCAUGUCGAAAGAAGGAAGAAAUUGCCAGAACCUAUUGAGAAGGAGAAAGGUGUUAGCCUCUGGUCAAUGAUUAAAGAUAAUGUUGGAAAGGAUCUGACUCGAGUUUGUCUACCAGUUUACUUUAAUGAGCCACUAUCAUCCCUUCAGAAGUGUUUUGAGGACUUGGAAUAUUCAUAUCUCUUGGACCAAGCUUAUGAAUAUGGGAAGAUGGGGAAUGCCCUCAUGAGAAUUUUGAAAGUAGCUGCAUUUGCUGUCUCUGGAUAUGCUUCUUCUGAUGGCCGACUCUGCAAACCAUUCAAUCCUUUGUUAGGAGAAACAUAUGAAGCUGAGUAUGUUGAGAAGGGGGUUCGUUUCUUCUCAGAGAAGGCAUACGAGGCAACCGCCAAUAUUCUUGUAAACUCAAGUUUAAAGAGCAGUCUCUCCUUGACCGCAAUCCUCGCCAAGUGCAAGGCUUUGUUGAGGAUGUUGUGGGAACUAAAGUAGCCACCUUAAUAGGAAGAUGGGAUGACAGCAUGUACUAUGUUAAAGGAGAUCAUAUUUCCAAGAUUAAGGGUUCUAAUCUAACACAGAGUGCUUCCUUGCUAUGGAAAAGGAACAAGCCUCCUACUAAUCCCACUCGGUACAACUUGUCAUCAUUUGCCAUUACACUAAACGAGCUAACUUCUGAACUGCAGGAAAAACUUCCACCUACGGACUCAAGACUCCGUCCAGACCAGCGGCAUCUGGAGAAUGGGGAAUAUGAGAAGGCAAAUGCAGAGAAGCUACGAUUGGAGAAAAGGCAGCGAAUGUCAAGGAAAUUGCAAGAGAAUGGUUGGAAGCCAAGAUGGUUCCGAAGAGACAGUGAAGAUGGUACAUACCGUUAUAUUGGUGGGUACUGGGAAGCAAGAGAAGAAAAGAAGUGGGAUGGAUGCCCGAAUAUAUUUGGCGAAAUUUUGGAGGAUACAAAUUUUUCUUCCUGCGAAUAAGAACACUGAACACUCAAUGAGAUCCAUUAGGGGCAGUGCUGUCAAUGGUUGGUCUGUUAACAACGUAAUUUUAAUCCUUUACCUUAGACAAGGCGAAGUCCGAGCUAGGUAAAUUUUGCUAGCAAUAGCAUGGUUAUGAAAAUAUGCAGAUUACCUUAUGUGAUGACGAUAAAACAGUCAUCCCAAUUUUUUCCCCAUCCAAAUGUUAUUAUUUGAUGUACGUUUUCCAUUGUUUCAUCUAUAAUGUCAUAUUUUAACUGCCAACUAUUGUGUAUGACAUUUUUUCGAUGUGAUCUGGACUUUUAAACAAGGAUUACCAUUGUAAUAUAUAUUUACUUAAUCU